UCUAUCUAUCUGUCUAUCUAUCUAUCUGACUUUCUGUCUCUCUACCUACAUUUGAUCUCUCCGUCUGUCUACUUCUCUGUAUGAUAUAUGUAUCUGUUUAUCUAUCUGUCCUAUUUUCUGUCUUUCUGUCCAUCUAUUUAUCUGUUGCUGUCUAUCUGUCGCUCACCUUUACUGAAUAAUAACACUGAUCUUAUAGGAGCUUCUGCUAUCUAUCUAUCUAUCUAUCUAUCUAUCUAUCUAUCUAUCUAUCUAUCUAUCUAUCUAUCUAUCUAACUGUCUGUCUGUCUGUCUGUCUGUCCAAUUAUGUAUUCUUCGGUCUCUUUACGUUUCUGUGUGUCUGUCUAUUUAUCUGUCUUUCCGUCUGUCUGUCUGCAUGUCUAUAUAUGUAUCUGUCUACCUAUCUAUCUGUAUGUCUGUCCGUCUGAAUCUGUCAGUCUGUCCAUCUGAAUCUGUCAGUCUGACUUUCUGUCUCUCUGUCUAUUUACUUACUGUCUCUCUCUCCAUCUCUGUCGUCUGACUCUCUCUCGCUCUGUCUGUAAGCCCCUCCCACUGGGCGGGGUCUCGGUUUCUCCGGUAUAUUAACGGGGCGCGGGGCUCGUGCUCGGUACAGACCUGCAGUAAGGUACAUAUGGAGGUUCCGGUUCCCGCGCGCUCUCAACACCUGUUGAUCGGCUACAAGCGCGCUGCGCAGCACCUGCUCUCCAAGGCCGGGAUGCGCGUAUUAAAGCUGCAGCGGAGCGCGAGCGCCGCCGCCAAGGACCCGCAGCGCUCCUCCCCGCUCGCGCAGCUCGCCGCGCUCGUGCUGCAGCGGAGGCGGCGCCGCCUGCCGCUCGAGUCCGCCGCGCUCGCGCCCAAGCCGCGGAACUGCCGGCGCGUGGUGGUGCUGGGCGCGCCGCGCGCGGGGAAGACCAGUCUUGUGCGACGCUUCCUGCGCGAGGACUUUGAGGAGCGGUACGAGCCCACGCGCGAGGACUUUCACAGGAAACUAUACCAGAUCCGCGGGGAGGCGUACCAGAUAGACAUCCUGGACCCGGCCGCCGAGCGCGAGUUUCCCGCCAAACGGAGGCUCACCAUCCUCACAGGUGAUAUCUUUCUGCUGGUGUUGAGUGUGGAUGACCGUGACUCGUUUGAGGAGGCGCUUGCUCUGCGCUCAGAGAUUUCCCAGGCUAAGACCGCGCUGCUGCGCUGCUCGGCGGAAGGCGCUCGCGUACCCGUGGUCGUCUGCGCCAACAAGACGGACCUGCCGGCGUCGGAGCGCGCCGUGUCGCGCGCCGAGCUCCUACGCGCCUUCGGGGGUAAAGACUCCGCCUGCACGCUGUUCGAGACGUCGGCGAAGGACGGAGGCGCCGGUCUGGAGCGGGCGUUCGAGGCGCUGGCGGCGCGGGCGGGGCUGCCCGUGGAGACCGGGCCCUCGCGCCACCGCAGACUGUCCCUACGGUCCUACCGCAAACUGUGGGGAGGUGGGGCAGCGGGCAGGAAGUCCGAGGCUCACGAUACGCCGUGCGGCGCACUGCACCCGCUCGCCCGCCGCCCCAGCGUCAGCGCCGACCUCCGGCUGGUACUCGCCACGCAGGGCAAAAAGAGGACGAGCAAGACGGGAAAGAAGUGACUCUGAGAAAACAAGUAAUUUGACUUAUUGACUAAAAAAACUGACAAUAGCACCAGUAUUGUAUUGUAGCAGACCAGCGGAACCAUCAACACCCAAAGAAACCUUUACAUGGUCCUGUACCUGGUCCUCAAAUGUCCUGAAAAACCUCUUGUGAAAGCUCUUAGUCCUAUAUCAUUUAAAAUUAAUGGGUUUUACAGCGCACCAACAAGUCACAGACUGUCUUCGGGUACUAUAUACUACCCAGGCAAAGAUAUAUACAUAUCUAUAUAUAUAUAUAUAUAUAUAUAGUAAUGGUGCUAGAUUGCAUCUGAAAGUCACAGAACCAUUUUCAGUACUGUAAUAGAGCCAAAAGCAUCAAUGGCGUAACGAUGGCAUAGUUUAAAAUACAUCAAGCAUUCAGCAUGCCGAAACAAACCAGUUUAUUUUGUAAUUAGUAUUUUCCAAUUCCAAGUCUUGUUGUGUCCAACAUGUGUUAAUCUUAAUCUAAACUCUGGAGUCUUGACUUCAUUUGUCUAUGAUCUAGAACCACUUUGUGUUCACCGAUAAUGUACUGUAUCUGCUUCUGUCUACACCUGAAGCAGGGAAUUGUUCUGGAUCUCCAGCUUAAACCAGAUUUCGAUUCUUGUUUGCAUUCACACCGAACCUCUUCCUGUUUAAAUUCCGGUACACUUUUAAACAUGAAGGUUUUUUUCUUUUUUUUUUAGCUAUAUACCAUAGAACAAGAAUGGGCAGGCCUAUAGAACAACUACUUUAGGUUCUAUGAAGGACCAGACAAAAUACAGGUUUAGACAGAUGUUUUUGUUUUUUCUUUGACAAUCAAGGUCACAUUUCUGCUAGGAAACAGUGCUAGAUUGACAUCGAACUCCAAAAUUUAGGUUGAACCAAAAAACUGGACUGAUGUCAAAACCCAUAAUUUUUCUAGACGUUGAAAUGAAAGAACAACAAAAUCCAACAUUGGGUUGACAUUUAAAAUUGAGAGUAAGACUGAUGACAAAACUGUUAGAAAUGAUAUUUGUUGGAAAUUGGACUAAAGUCAAAAACAUUAUACAAAUGUUUGUUUUUUAAAGAAGUUCACGUUGUACGGAUGCUAACUUUAUGAAGUUUAGCAUACCUUACAACCUUACGUUGAUUUAACUGCCAAUAAUAAAGUUGCAGUCUCAUGUUUGCUAGAUGUUUUCAGUAAAAAAAAAAAAAUAGGAUAUCGAUGUCAGCUGUCCUUACAAUUCUACAUUACAGUAACAUUGGCAUUAGACAUUGCCCUGAUACGGUUCUUCACACUGGAUCUUUAUGGUUCUUCUAUAGCAUUGCUUAAAGAAACCUGAAUAGAACCUUCAUAUUCGAGAGUGUUAAUGAUAUCCGGGUAACAGCACAUGUGUGAAUGUGUGUGUGUGUGUGUGUGUGCACGCAUGUUUUACUUGAGAUCAAACACAGACUGUAUUACCAUCAGUGUCCUUCCAUCAGUAUCAGUGUAAACACUGCUGUGCUGCUGUAGAGUUUAUUAUAACUUUAUUUAUUAAUGAAUUAAUUUAUUUAUAUGUUUGUUUGUUUGUUGAUAUGUUUAUUGUUUGUAUAGCGUCUGAACUGUAGCACUGAUCCAGCACUGUAGAAGAAAUGUGUGUGUAAUUUAUGGAGACUGCAUGAACGUUCUGAUCAGAGCAAAGAUUUUCAAUAAACGAUUUUUAUACUGAA